AUGUUCAAAAGGAAAGUGAACUUCGGAAAACGGUACACGGCUUUGUUAAUCGAUUCCCAAGAACAGAUCGCAUUGAAAAUUCCAAUGAAUGAACAGAAACAAAUACCAAAUGGUUUGCAGUCUACUACCAUUGAUACUGAAACUUUAAGUCCGUACGACGAAGCUGAAGAAAAUUAUUAUCAGUCAGUUUUAUCCCUCAACGAUCUGUCAUAUUUUCCAGUUCAUGAAACAGUGUAUCAAGUAUAUCCGAAAGCUCACUGUAGUCUGAUUACCGAUGUAAAACAAGGGACUGUUUCAAGUGCGACUGAAAUCAAUUUUCUUUGA